AUGUAUAGAAAACUGUUGAUCUCACUUUGCCUCAUUGGUUUAACAACAGCAACUGUCACAGUCGAUGCUUCCCAACAUUGUGACUGCUCAGAACUCAAUCAAACAGAUUGUGCAUUCGCUUUAGCUUACUGUGUUUGGAAUUAAUCAGAUUCUGAAUGCAUGUCAUACACCUUUGGCUGCUCAGAUUUAACAACAUAAGUUCUUUGUGAUGCUGCUGGUUCAUGCAAAUGGAACAGUGGAUCAUGUGAAGAUUGGGAUCCCUCAUGCUCUGAUGGUACAACCGCCGACCUUUGUAACGAUAUUGACGGUUGUUAUUGGAACAAGAGCAAUGCUUGUGCUAGCUUUUCCGCUUGUGCUGAUUACUCAACAGAUAACUGCCCUUCAAGCGAAUGGUGUUCAGUAACAUCAGGAGCUUGUGCUAACUACUCUUUUGUGACAUGCUCAACAUAGACUUAAGCUACAUGCCAAGGAUAUGAUACAAAAACAACAAGAUGCGCUUGGGCUAACGAUAGCUCAUGCAAAUCAUUGGCAAGAACAUUCAGUGCUUGUUCAGACUAUAACAACUUCACAAGUGAAUGUAACAACUAAUGGAAUUGCGUCUAUGAUGGAUCUGCUUGCCGUGCUAGAAAAUGCUCAGAUGCCUCAAUUGAAGCUUUAUGUACCUCUAUUAACACAGGUGAUACCACCUAUAGCUUAUGUUCUUGGAGCAAUAAUGCUUGCGCCGAUGCUGCUGAUACUUCAGCUUUAACCAAAGAUAACUGUUAUUCCAAAACCUUAAAAAAUUACAAAUGGUCAUCAGACAACAAAUGUGUUGCAUGUGAUGAUUUGGUUGACAACUCAGACUCCAGUAAUUCAGUCAUUUUGGGAGCAUUUGUCCUCUUAGCCUUAAUUGCAUGAUUUGAUAGUGUAUUUUCACAGAAUUAUAUAUUAAUUUAAACA